UAAAAAGCGUUCGUCUUCACAGAGUUGAAACCCAAGCAAAAGGAGACAGCCCCAAACACACACAGGGAUCAGUGUUUCUCACUUGAGUUUGAUUCUUUGCUUCCUUGCCUCCAUUGAACCCUCUUCGAAGGAUUCUCCUCCUAUUCCUCCAUGUGUUUCUCAGAGAUGACGAUGAGGAUGAUGCCUUCGAACUGACUUAUUCUUCAUUAUUGCCACUGUUUCGUCUCUAUUCUUCAGAUCUUUAUAUCUUCUCACAGUCGAUCAAAUAACAUAUGGCUUACCUGAUGUAACGAUUUGGAUCAUCAUUCUUUCUCAAAGCUCCAGACUUUUAGUGAUAACUAGCUCCUGUUCCAUAGAGAAAAGCUUCGGGUCGUCUACCGUUUCAUGAUCGGUUUAGGUGUUGUUAUCUGCUUCUGCUGUGUUCGGUUUGUGUUGGUUUCAGACAAAGGCACUGGUCUUGGAGUUCUCUCUUCGGCUUCUCCUUUUGUUUCAUGUCUCGGAACCUAGACAGUCCUGUGCAGACACAAAUGGCAGUGGCGGUCUUCAAGACUCCCCUCACUGGGGGUAACAAGAUGGAAGGGAAUCAGCAUAAACAUCAUCAGCAGCAGCAGAAGCUACAGAGACAGUCCUCUGGGAGAAGAGUUUUCGUCCAAACCGAAACUGGCUGUGUUCUAGGGAUGGAGCUGGACCGCAGCGACAACGUCCACACAGUGAAGAGGAGGCUUCAGAUUGCUCUCAACUUCCCCACCGAAGAGAGCUCUUUGACCUACGGAGACAUGGUCCUCACAAACGAUCUCAGCGCCGUGAGGAACGACUCUCCUCUCCUCCUGAAACGCAACUUCAUGCACAGAAGCUCCUCCACUCCUUGCCUCUCACCCACCGGGAGAGAUCUCCAGCAGAAAGACAGAAGCGGUCCUAUAGAGAUCCUCGGCCAGUCAGAGUGCUUCUCCGUUGUGAAACAAAUGGUGAAAGACAUUGUCAAAGCCAUGAAGCUCGGCGUUGAUCCUCUCCCUGUUCACAGCGGGCUUGGAGGAGCUUACUAUUUCCGGAACAAGAAGGGUGAUAGCGUAGCCAUUGUCAAACCAACUGAUGAAGAGCCCUUUGCUCCCAACAACCCAAAAGGGUUCGUUGGGAAAGCUCUCGGACAGCCUGGCUUAAAGUCUUCGGUGCGUGUCGGUGAAACGGGGUUCAGAGAAGUUGCAGCUUACCUUCUUGAUUAUAACCGCUUUGCUAACGUCCCUCCAACUGCUCUUGUGAAGAUAACUCACUCUGUGUUCAAUGUCAACGACGGUGUGAAGGGGAACAAGGCUAUGAGGGAGAAGAAGCUUGUGAGUAGUAAGAUUGCUUCUUUCCAGAAGUUUGUGGCUCAUGACUUCGACGCUAGCGAUCACGGCACUUCGAGCUUCCCUGUGGCUUCAGUGCACAGGAUUGGGAUACUGGACGUGAGGAUCUUCAACACGGACCGUCACGGUGGGAACCUCUUGGUGAAGAAGGUCGGGACGUUUGGGGAAGUUGAGCUUAUCCCGAUUGAUCAUGGUCUCUGCUUGCCGGAGACGCUUGAGGAUCCUUAUUUCGAGUGGAUUCAUUGGCCUCAGGCGUCUAUACCUUUCUCUGAUGAAGAGAUUGAGUAUAUACAGAAGCUUGAUCCGGUGAAGGACUGUGAGAUGCUUAAGAGAGAGCUUCCGAUGAUUAGAGAAGCUUGUCUGAGGGUACUUGUUCUCUGCACUGUUUUCCUUAAAGAAGCUGCUUCUUAUGGGCUGUGUCUUGCGGAGAUUGGUGAGAUGAUGACGAGAGAGUUUCGAGCGGAAGAAGAGGAGCCGAGUGAGCUCGAGGUUGUGUGUAUUGAAGCCAAGAGAUCAGUCACUGAACGAGAUGUGUUCUCUCCAAGGUCGGAUGUGAUAGGAGAGGCAGAGUUUCAGUUUGAUCUAGACUGUGAUGAGUUAGAAUCAGUCUACGGCUCCAAGAUGCAACUAAACGAUGACUACUUCACUAAGAACCCUUUUUCAAACGGACGUUCUUCACUAGGGAAGCUUGAAGAAAGCAUCAAGGAGGAAGAAGAGGAAGAUGAAGACGAAGUAGAGGACAUUACUGAAAACGCUGUCCCGAUGAUCACAUUGAAAGACAGCUUUUUUAGUUCUACAGUUCUUUCAAAGCUUUCUACAUCGAUGAAGAACACACAUCUUAGCGACACGGGAAGGAAAAACAACACAAAGCCUUUAACGAGAGGCAAAUCAGAGAACACAUCGUCUGGUCACAAAAGCGCAAACGAACAGCUUCAAGCGAGCGCAAGUUUUGUGAAAGUAGCAGACAUGAAAGAAGACGAGUGGGUUCUGUUCUUGGAGAGGUUCCAGGAGUUGCUUGGACCGGCUUUUGCGAAACGCAAAACGGCAACGUUGAGCAAGAGGCAGAGACUUGGCACUUCAUGCCAGUUUUGAGAAACCAUAUAUAGUAGGAGAGAGGCAGGAUCUGCAGUAUGAAACUGGAGGAGUCUUCUUGUCGUCGUUCUAUGGUAGUAGUAAACAUAAAAAAGUUACGUUUGGAAGGUUUGGCUUAUGACACAAGCAGCAAGGUGAAAGAGGGGGGGUUUGGUUGUUUUUAUGAUCUUUUCACCCUUUUUGUAAAUAUUUGCUUUCUACCUUUCUCUUUGUUUGUUUGUUUUUCUUGCCCCUGUAUCGCCUUUCUCUUGUUCUUUUUUCUUUCUAUCCUUUGUUAUGUACUUGUGGCUUGGCCUUGUCUUAUAAAUAAUAUUAGUCUUUGUUGGUUUUGAUC